UUAUAAGCAUUAAUUUUCUACACAUAUGUGCAUUACACACCAAGAAAGUCAAGCAAAAACACAACUCUUUGCUAAUUAACUUUUUUUUAACUUGAAAACUUCAGCAAAUAAAAAUAGUAUAGAGGGCUCCGAGUGGCUCCUGCCCCAAAUGGCAGCAGUAAUUCUAGGGGGAGACACCAUGGGCCCAGAGGGUAUCUUCCCCAAUCAGACUGAGGAACUGGGGCCUCAGGUAGGCCCCACAGAAGGCACUGGAGAUUGGGGCAGUGAGGAACACAAGAAACACCAGGGGGAAGCAUGGGCAGGUCCAACUGGUUACUCCUACCAGCCCCUGAACCAAGAUUCUGAACAAGAGGAAGUGGAGUUGGCACUGGUGGGGGAUGGAGAUGUAGUUGCUGACAUCCAGGAGUGGUUCCAGUUCCUGGGGCUACAUUUGCCAGACUCUCCAUUAAAGAGUGAAGAUGAAGAAGUGGAGGGAGCUUCAGCAUUGAAGAACUACAGCUAUAUUCCCAUGGACCCAGAACACGUAGAGCUGAUGAAAAGGACAAUGGAUGGAAUAAGCCUGCCUGCACGAGCAGUUCCGGCCUGGGCUCUGGAGAUCUCAGAUGCUGAAUGGGAAGAUGUGAUACAGGAGGCCCUCCAAGCCCAGAAGGCAUCACCAGCCUGGAAGUGAUGACACUGAGCUGCCUUAUCUCACCCUGCAUUCCAGGCCAGAAGUAGCACAGGACUGAACACUUCCCAGGUUUUUAUGCCCACCUCCAUCUUCCCCAUCUCCCUUUCCACAUUAAGGCAAAUCAGACUUCUCAGAGACCCAAUUUAUUCAGUUCUGUACAUAUGGGCACACUGGCCCAAGCCCAACCCACCGUAGCAUGAACCAGUCUAUGGAGAAUAAAGCACCCUAUGUACACAGCCAAAAAAAAAUAAAAUUAGUACAUGCUUCGCGCUUGGAAUGUUUCUCUCAAUGUCCUUCAAAACGUGGGUGUGCCAGGUGAUCAUGCUUAUCAGUUUGUGGCAGGUUAAUACAGUCCACGCAAGGCCCCCUCUUUUGUGAUGUUUAUUUUGCUAUUCUAUUUAUAUGCACAUUCCCAUUCCUGCCUUUGGUCCCAACAUUGGUAACCAUUCUGUUUAGUGUAGAUCUUUUUUUUUUUAAUUUUUAUUGUGCUUUAAGUGAAAGUUUACAAACCAAGUCAGUCUCUCAUACAAAAACUUAUAUACACCUUGCUACACUGGCCUUCAAAGCAUUCAGUUUAUUCAGGAAACUUCUUUGCUUUUGGUUUAGGCCAGUUGUGCUGACCUCUCCUGUAUUGUGUGUUGUCUUUCCCUUCACCCAAAAUAGUUCUUAUCUACUAUCUAAUUAGUGAAAACCCGUCUCCCUCCUUCUUUCCUUGCUCUCGUAACCAUCAAAGAAUAUUUUCUUCUGUGCUUAAACUAUUUUUCAAGUUCUUAUAAUAGUGGUCUCAUACAAUGUUUAUCCUUUUGCAACUGACUAAUUUCACUCAGCAUAAUGCCUUCCAGGU